AUGGCACCCACCGGUCGAACUGGGAAUGCUGCCCUUGCAUCCCGCACAAGAGCACUUUUCAACCGAAGACGCUCCUCAACAUCUCAACAAACACCUGCUAACCCAGCUAGAGCUAACAGACCUAGACGCGCGCCUGCAGUCCGCCCACAGAAUCCUAACGACAUAUUCAAUUUUUUGCCUGCUGAACGUCCUGUUGCUACUCGCCCAGAGAGUAAUGUCGAGUCGGAGAUAAUUCGUCGGUUUGGUGACGAGAUCCCUCUAGACGUUGGGGACAUGAAUGAUGAAUGCUCCAGUUGCGGUGCACUUCACUUUCUGGGCGAACGAACGCAGAACGACAUGGGAUUAUUGAAUGCAAGUUAUUCCACCUGCUGCAGGAAAGGCCAAGUGGUAUUGCCUGUCAGAUACGAUGAAAUAGACUACCCAAGCUUUCUGGCCGAGUUGCUGGUCGGACAAGAUGAUGGUGAGAUGGUCAACCUGCCUAUUUUAACGCACAAGUCCCAUGGACCCUGA